AUGGCUUCUAUAUUUAUAGAAACUCCAGGCGAUUUGUCCCACCCAACGCAGCUCAUCCUGAUGAACAACAUGGUGGAUGACUUUGAAAAACUUCACGGCAGCUGGGGUCCAGUUGGCACCAUGUAUUUCGUUCGCGAUUUCGUAACAUUCGAAAACUAUUUGCAGUCAGACUCGAAUGACUACGAUUACGAUCCAGCUGAUGGCACCACUACGCUUUCGGCUAUCGACGCUCUGAAAUUCAAAAAUGAAGACUUACCAUCAUUUUUGGUGUGGCCAGAAUAUGAUUUUUGGAGCGGCUUUAUCAGACUAAAAAACGCUACUCCGGAUGGAAAACAAAAGACUCUCGAGAAAUUUUUCUUCACAACAGGAUAUCACGACGAAGACUUGAAAAUUUGGCCUGUGCGUGGCCGACUGCUCAAGAAAUGGCGUGCUAUUGUCGAUAAACCUUCAUACGCGACAUUUCAUGCGACAGUCUUUCAUGAAGACGGUAUAUUCCUAGACUUAAUUGAUAAUAUGCCUACGGAUACGUGGCAGUCUGUACUGGGUACACUGGUAUGUAUGGCCGCCGUGUGUUUCGUUUUUCUACGCAGUUUGCUUACAGUGGCUAUUGCUACUACGUGUGUUCUUUCGAUAUGUGUCGGUCAGUCAAUUACUUUAUUUGUGCCCGGCACAGGGUCUUUAGCUUGA